UCAUUAUUCUCGCAGUAUAUUCCUUCGAUUCCUACACCCGUUUCAAGCCGCACAACAUGUCUCUCAAGAACCCUGCAUUUCCCUCCUCAGAGGCCUUCGACGUUAUCAACAGCGCACUCGCCGCGUCCGAAGCCGACCGCAAAGAUGCUCUGAAGCAAGGCAACGCCGUAUUUGCCUUCACACUGAAGAACAAGGCCGGUGAGGUUGAAAGCUGGCAUAUUGACCUCAAGACGAAGGGAGAGGUUGGAAAGGGUCCUGGAGACAAGCCUACAGUCACUCUCGCUCUCUCGGACGACGACUUUGGAAAAUUGGUCAGCGGAAAAGCGAACGCCCAGCGAUUAUUCAUGGCCGGAAAGCUGAAAGUGAAGGGCGAUGUCAUGAAGGCCACAAAGAUGGAGCCGAUUCUCAAGAAAGCGCAAGCUGUCAAGGCGAAACUAUAA